AAUAUAAUUUUGUUUUUCCCAGUUGGAGUCAUUCGAUGCCCAGUUUGCAGCCAAGAAUGUGCAGAGAGACACAUCAUAGAUAACUUUUUUGUGAAGGACACUACUGAGGUUCCCAGCAGUACAGUAGAAAAGUCAAAUCAGGUGUGUACAAGCUGUGAGGACAACGCAGAAGCUAAUGGGUUUUGUGUAGAGUGUGUUGAAUGGCUCUGCAAGACGUGUAUCAGAGCUCAUCAGAGGGUAAAGUUCACAAAAGACCAUACUGUCAGACAGAAAGAGGAAGUAUCUCCAGAGGCAGUUGGUGUCACCAGCCAGCGACCGGUGUUUUGUCCUUUUCAUAAAAAGGAGCAGUUGAAGCUGUACUGUGAGACAUGUGACAAACUGACAUGUCGAGACUGUCAGUUAUUAGAGCAUAAAGAACAUAGAUAUCAAUUUAUAGAAGAAGCUUUUCAGAAUCAGAAAGUGAUCAUAGAUACACUAAUCACCAAACUGAUGGAAAAAACAAAAUACAUAAAAUUCACAGGAAAUCAGAUCCAAAACAGGUAAUUUUAUGGUAUUAUAUAAUCAUUUUUAUAUAAUUUGUGAAGUAUAUUCACUUUUAGAACAUUUUCCUUAACUCACAGUUAAGUAAUAAGUUGUUAGAUGACAGCAAUAACACAUGGUUGAUAAGACUUUCCCAGAAACUUAGUUGGAAAGCAUUCUUUUCUGCUGUAAAAUUUCAAAACUCAUAUGAUAAUAAACUACACUUAGUAUUUUGAUAGCUCAUUUAUCUAAUAGGUAUUGAUAACUUAUUAUCACUUAUUUUCCAAUUUUAAAGAAAUACCAAGAUUUAAAUGCAAAACCAACCAUUUUGUGCCAGUAUUGUAAAAUAUUUUAACACUUGAAUGAACCCUGAAUUGUUAUUUUAAGGUUUGCUGAAAUUUGAGAUGCUUGCCUUAUGCUGUGAUUUUUUAAAACUGCAAACAGGUGGAAAUUGUAAGACACUAGGAUACAGGGAUUGUUAAACUGUUCCACACACUUUUUACUUCUUGCCUGAUAAAAUGCUUACUUAAACAAUUACUUAUUAUGCCUUUUGUCCUGGUAAGAAAAUCAUCAACUGUCCAAAGUCUUAGACAUCAGUGACCGGGGAGAACCACUAACCUCCGUGGAGCAGGGGCAGCUGAAGGUGUUGUCUAACCCCUUUUUAAAUCCCAUGUAGGGCACAUACUGACAUUUAAUUUACACACCUACGAAAUCCCAUGACCUCUUCUGUUGUUUUACACACAAAAGAAAUGUCACUGCCUACAUAAGUCAAGAAAUGUUCAUUAGAAUGAGCCAGAGUAAAAGAGACCUCACAGAGAAUUUAAACGUUUUCCCAUGUAUCAGUUGUGUCAGCCUUUAAGACAGUCAUCAAUCUGUUAUUAUCAUUUUGGAACACAACUGGGGGUGAAGCAUUUGGAAAUUUUUUAAGGUAAUUAAUUCCCUGUAUUACCUGAUUUCCUUAAAAGAGAUUUUUAAACAUAAUUUUACUAUUUCUUGAUGCCCCAGCAUCAUUAUUGUAUCUAUUUAUUAUUAUGCAUUAUGUUGUAUGUCUUUUAGUUUUUCUCGUUAUCAGCUCUCAU